UCGUGGACCACCACCAUACGUGACACCAUCGCACUGCCAUCAGACGCUUCCUCUCGUCCUCCAUCUCCAGUUCUCCACCUUCGCCUUCGCCUUCGCCUCCGCCUCUGCUCCGGGGAGAGCUUCCAGAAGGUUCUCCACCCCGUACCCCGGCCAUCUUCCGGAUGGAGGCGGCGCGUCACGCGGGGAAGAAGCGGGCUCCGGAGGACGAUGCGGAGGCGGAGGUGCACCACACGUUCCGGGGCGCCGCCAACGCGCUCUCGCAGCUCUACGCGCAGGCCGUCGCCAACCAGAAGGCCUCCUUCAUCGCCGGCGAGCGCCACGCCAUGGAGUGUGCCCAUCUAUGGAUAUCUGGUCAGCAUGAAGAAGCAUUGGGAGUGUCUGUUGCUGAUGUACUUGCUUACUUGCAGAAUGAGAUUGAGAGCAGAGGAGGCAUGGCAGGGUCUUCCCAACAUCUAACUCCACAGCCAGCAUGUGGUCUUCCUUCUGCAAAUGUCCAAACCAACUACUUCUCAUUUGGAAAUGUGGCGGCUGCACUUGACUCUCAGUUGUGCCAAACAGACCAAACAAGAACCACAAGCAUCUCAAAUGCUUUCAGCAGUCCUUCGCAGCAAAAUUCCCAUUCAAAUCAUGUGGUUCAGUGUUCAGGACAUGGCCCUGUAAACUCCCCGCCAAGUGGAAGCGGAGCUUGGAACGGCCAUUCUCCCCAGAACCAGGACUCCGUGCAUCGGAACUCAUACGAACCCUCCAUGGAUAUGAACCAUGAUGCUCCUUAGAGUUGUGAAUCACCAUAUGAAAGGUGGCGACAGCGCCUGUCAGUUUAUUGGAGCCUCCAGUAUCUGAUCCUUAUUCGCUGGAGAAGUGCCAUGAACUAGAUGGUUCCCCUCCAGAACUCUCUUGGCUUCGUCUGUCUCUUGGUGCAAAGCUCCUGCCCUGUGACCAUUCUGCUCUCUCUUCUGGCACCAUGUACAUAACAGCUUGAAACUAUCCUUCUGGUCUUUGCCGUUGAUUGCGGAUUGCGGUCACCUGCUUUCUAGGUUGCUGAAUGGAAGCUGUGAACAUGCAGGCUGUCUUGGCAUAAUCGUGCCUGCAUUACCAGUUCUUUUCUGGUCAUUAUUACCAGAAGAGAGACCAUGCUCUGAUCAACAAGGAUCAUUGUGGUGUUGUUGCAUAUUUGUGUUACUGAUAUGGCUGCUAUGUAUGUUCUAUAUGCACCUCUAUAAGAUGCAGCGGCGCAGAAAGAGAUAGAACCUUGUUUCGCCCGUUUGUUUUUGUUGGUUGAGUGUCUACACCUUGUAGAUGUUACACAGAAAGCCUGUGUCUGUAACCUGAAUAAGCACCGAAAUAAUAUACAGUUGACUAUGGUUGUCAAGUUUUUUCUAAGAA